AUGGCGUUGCGUACCUUGAUCCCAAUCGUAUUCGCGGGUCUCUUCUUCUGUAUAGUAUCAGCUGAUAUUGUUGUAAUUAAUGAUCUGAUCGAGCCCGAAGAAAUUUUCGACUUUAAAACUCUGGCGGACAGCGACCAUUUUUGGACGGCUUCCAAAAUGAACCGAACCAAAUACUACUGCGUCUUUCGCAACUUGUGGGACGAGGCUCAUCACCCCAAAAUACAUGCCUUGGCUGCGAAACCGACAAACGUCGUAUGGAAUCGAGAAACUCGCGGAGAUACGUUUGAAAGGGAGAUUGAAGCAGCCGGUGAACUCGUUUAUAGCUUCGGUAAAGGCAAAGGCUUUUUUAUUGAUCAAGACGACAACGAAGAGAAUUACGCUUUUCUCGAUGGAAUUACUGUAGACUCUGACUUUCCAUUCAUCAGUGGAAUGGCCGGAAUCAACCCUAGUCCAGAUUGGUUCACUGGAUUCUACCUCUUGGAUUCGAUUGAUGAAUUCGACCGAACCUUCUGGAAUCGUAUCAAAAUCCACACGUACCCUUGGGACGCCGGAACUGAUGCAGGUGAAACGUACACAUCCCCCGAUAGCGAUCUGGACCCGCCACUAGACGUGGAGCGCAUCUUUCCCCAAAAUGCUCCCGAUGGUAUCUUUGUGUCCCCAGAUGGCUCGACAGUUCAUCCAGUGGGAGAGUGGGAAUGUAUUCUGCACGUUUGCCCAGACGAGAAUGACUGCGAAAGAGAAAACUGGCCACCGUCUAAUGGUUGCGACGUAUUAAAGUACCCAGGAUGUGACGAAAUGUGUGAUCCCGAAGUGACAUCCCCGUGCCAGCAAUGCCAGCCUAGGACUUCCGACAACGGGUCAGUGUUUUAUCCAAAUUGUUGCGAAUCAGGAUACAGGCCAACUAGCGGUGACUGCGACGGAAAUGGGAGCUCAGCAUCCCGAACUGUAUUCCCACUGUUGUCCUUAAUCGGUGGUCUUUUUGCGGCCAGCAUGUCCUGA